CGCAGAAGUAUCCCCCUCCAAUCGCAUCAUGCAUGAUUUCGUUAUCCUGUCUUGAAUAGGAAAGGAUUAAUUGCUCUCGAGAUUUCCUUGCUCUUUUCGCGUGAGAUAUACUACGCCCUUUCUUCCUUGGCUGUCUAAACCUAAUAAAUUAUGUCCAUGUUUCUUCUGUACAGUUAGGGUUAGAUCUGUAGCUGCAGACACACACAGUGAAGGUAGGGAAAAUGCACAGCUUUUUUAACUUUGAUACGCAGUCGCCCUGCUACCUCAGAGAUAUUGAUAAGAAUGGAGUUGAUUUUGCGGAGCUCUUACAGUCUGCUGAAAAUGGAAACCAUCGUGCAGAUUCCGCUGACAUAAGUAGAAUAUUCUCGAUGUACAACGGAAUGAAAGCGAGUAAUGUUUCUGCGGUGUCAAGUAGUAGCUUGCAAUUCGGUGGAGUUCCCAACAGUUUAGGAUCAGCUGAAACGCAGUCGUCGGAGCUCAUAUCCGGCGGCGGCGGAGCUGUCGGAAAGAGGCAGUUUGAGAAGUGGGGUGAUUCUGCGGAUCACAUCCACCACAGCCACAAACUGCAGACUUCAACAGACAAUGAGUUAGCUGGAGUUCAUCACCAGAGAUUGAUUUCUGAGGAUCCCACUGAUCAAUCCAAAUUCAAAGGGAGAUUUCGUGACCAAAAGGAACUUGUGAAACUAGCUCAGAAUCGUGAAGCUGCGAGGAGAAGUCGCAUGAGAAAAAAGGCAUACAUUCAACAGCUAGAGAGCAAUCAACAAAGGAUCAUACAACUCGAUCAGGCCCUUGAAAGAGCACGUCAGCAGGCUGCAUCACGAUUUUGUGGCGAGCAGAGGCAUUCAGCAGUUGCAGGGCGGGGUGUGUUCGACGCGGAUCACGCGCGGUGGCUAGUCGAGCACGAGAGGCUCACGGAUGAUCUGAGGUCGUCGUUGAGCUCCGGCAAGGGCGACAACGAGCUGCAUCUCCUCGUCGAUGCAGUCGUCUCUCACUACGACGACCUCUACCGCAUCAAGAGCGCGGGUGUUAGAUCCGACAUGUUUCACAUCCUCUCCGGCGCGUGGAGAACCCCCGUCGAGAGGUGUUUGAUGUGGCUGGGCGGAUUCCGCUCCUCAGACUUGCUCAAGGUGCUGGAGAAGCAGAUCCAGCCUCUGACCGAGCAGCAGCUGGUAGGCAUCUGCAAUCUGCAGCAGUCGUGCCAGCAAACAGAGGAUGCGCUCUCUCAAGGGAUGGAAGCUCUGCAGCAGUCGGUCCUCCACACGCUGUCGUCCACGUCUCUCGCUCGUCGCUCGGCUGGCAACGUGGUGGACUACGCGAGCCACAUGGCUACGGCGAUGUCCAACAUUCAAACCAUUGAGGAUUUCCUUAAUCAGGCUGACCUUCUUAGGCUGCACACCUUGCAGCAGCUGCAGCGGAUCCUGAGCCCGUGCCAAGCUGCACGGGCUCUUCUUGCCAUCAAUGACUACAAGUCGAGGCUCAGAGCUCUGAGUUCCUUGUGGCUAGCGCGCCCCAAGGAAUGAUCCUUGUCUUGCCAUUGCUUGUAACUACUUCA